CGGCAGAGAACCAUCAAAAAAGAUUCUUCACGGUUUGGGACCUUUCCAUCCCUUCACAGUGAGUCCUUGGAUGUUACAUCCUUGAGUUCUCAAGGUACCUGCAAGAAAAAGGAUAUGUCCAAGCCCUCCACAGAUGCUCAGCCCUCAGGGGUACUCUCGGGCCUUUUCUUACCCAAAACACCAUAUAAGUCAGCCUUUCCCUCUUCCCCGACCUCUCUGAAUGGCAAGACUCCCUGUGAGCGUGAAGGAGCACAGAUUACUGUUCCGUUCCUGUCCCUGGCUGAGUGUGAAGCACUGGAACGCCACCUCCUAAAGAAACAACUAAGCAAGCUUCAGUGGGGCCUGCCAGCUCUCCUCCUCCAAAACCAGCGCCGAAUGCUGUGUGAAGCACCCAGUGAGGCUAAGACAGUAAAAACUUCCUUGGCAAGGAAGCCCUUUUUACAUCCCACCAGGGACAUCUUCCCAGAGCACGCAGGAAGGCUGCUGGAAUUCCACCUGCAGAAGCAGCUGAUUCACCUCCGCUGGGGGCUGCCCCAGAGGAUCCAGUGCUCCAUGAAUAUGCUGCUCUCCUCAACAGACCCGCAGUCCCUGCCCUGUGGCAGCAGUAGCUUACCCAAUGUGAGCAUCUCACAGCCCGGGAAACCAGAGGCCGAUGGGCCUGGUAACAUGUUCUCACUCACAGUGGGCAAAGGGACAAUCCCCAUGCCACACUUGUUUGCCAAGACAAGGGAAAUGUUGAAAAGCCAUGUUGAUUCCAAAUGUGAACAGAUCCGGGAGGGCGAGGUCCCGGCCCAAGUCUGGAAAUCUUGGGAAUGCAAAAUUCCUGGAAGCUUAGCAACAGUGGCUCCCUUCCCUUGGAUUCCACAAGGCCAAUGCAGGAAGUUACAGGCAGAAAGUAAAAGUGACCAGGAGACACAAACCUUAUCUGGUACUCUCUUUGAACACUGUAAGAAGCCCCAAUCCCUGCCUAAGGAAACCAUUAAGAAACUGGAGACAACUUUACAUCAUAAGUAUCUGGCCUUCCUGUCAGGCCUGCCUGCCCUUUACUGUGUAGCUCUCUCUAGGCCUGCAUCCCCAGCAGUCACUAGCCAACCUAGACUCAGAGAGAAGAUGCCCAAAGCUGUCAAAAGCCCAUCAAAUGCUCUGACUCAAAUAACCCCACUUGAGCCCUGCGCUCAGGAUGACAGUGGGGUGUCUGCGGACACUGCAGAAGAGUUCCAGCCUGGAGCAGAGGCGGACAGAAGGACAGAGAAGGUGCCUGCAGAGAGUCAGCCUCCCCCAUGCAGACCCUACCCAAUAAACACACAUAUCUUGGCCAAACUGAAUUUCCACCUGAAAAAAAAAAAAAAAGAUCCUAGCAAUGCAGUUUGGGAUUUCUGAAAAGGAAAA